GAUGAACACACCAUUUUCCUCUUCCCCGGCAUCACAGCGGACUGCUUUACAGGAAAUUGAUAUGUUGGAAAGAAUACGCCAGGUGAAAAACUUCACUUGGAUUCAGUGUGACAAUGUAAACUGCCAGAAGUGGAGAAAAAUUCCUUCAAUGGAGGGAGAAAGCUUAGAAGAUAUAGAGUGGUUCUGUCAUAUGAACUCUGACCCAGAGUACAACAGCUGUGAAGCUGCAGAAGAAGAUUACACAGCCUAUGACAGACUGGCUAAGAAGUUAGGCUUUAAGUAUGUCAUGUCCUGCUUGUCAGUUGGCACUCUGGUCUGGGCCAAGACAUCAGGAUACUGUAGGUGGCCUGCUAUUAUAACAAAUGAUCCUGAGUAUGACUUUCAUUAUGAAGUGGACAGGGAUGGGGACCCCUUCAGAUAUCACGUAGAGUACCUGGGAGGAGUUCACUGUCAUGCCUGGAUACCAGCAAACAAAGUCACACUGUAUGGUCAUAAGGAAGAAAUCCAACAGGAACAGGGAACCAGUCAAGUCAAGAAUUUGAGAAAAACCAAGAAAAAGAGAAAAAAGAGACUGAGGCUGGCUAUGCAGAUAAAAUGCUCCAAGCUGGAGAACUACAGAAAGAGCUCUGUAAUGGAGGCCAUACAGGAGGCAGAUCUAUUAAUUCCCCUCACCUCACAGGAGAGGAUUAACAAUGCAUGCAAAUUCAAGGGAAAUAAUCAGAAACAAAGGAUUAGGAAGAAUCAAUCAGAUGAUGCUGAAGAUGAAAAGAGUAAAUCUGCACUCGGGUUGAAGAAACAGACUUGUCAUUGUGAGAGUGAGCAAACAAAGAGAGAUAUCUUUAAAGGGAAACACAAGCCAACCUCAGAGAGACAACACAAGAGACUUAAAGAUCUUUCUCAGAGCCAGAGUUAUGACAAGGAAUCAAGAGGAGAAGAUUCAAAGGAUCCAUGGUUGAAAAGAGAAGUCGAAAGAGAAAACUCCAAUUCAGUUAAACCAAUCACCCAUUUUCCAUUGCCAUUGAGAACAGAUGUAAAUACUAUUCUAUCACCAAGUUGUAAGAGUGUCUUUAACUUUGAUGACCUGGAGAUGAAAAGUUCAAUGUUAAAUCAAAGUAAAGAAGAGAGAUUUACUAUUAAUGUUCAGCAAUAUAAGAGAAAUGAGAAAGCAUUUGAGCAUGAUCUACAUAGUUUUAUGAUGAGGCAUGACCUGACAAUUAAGAGGAAAGUGAUUUGGAGCAACACCCCUGUGGGUCUGUUCCAACUCUUCAUGGCAGUACACGAAAGAGGGGGAUAUGAAAAGGUUUGUGCUAAUAUGCUGUGGUCAGCAGUAUACAGAGAGAUGACUGAUUCCUCAGCCAAAGGGCAGUGUGGUUAUAGAGCCAAGUUGUUCUACCAAAAGAACAUUUACCCGUAUGAACUGUACAUAAAAGGUAAAGACUACCAAGAAGUGAUCAGAAGUAUAAAAGGAGGCCGGAGGAUUGGGGAGACAAAGAAAAAAUCUGUCAAGUCUGACGAGGCAGAGGAGAGUGUACAGAUAGGACUGGACAAGUUAAAUCAGUAUGACAAGGAAUCCAAGCAAAUGUUACCUCCUGAGAAAUCUUAUGAUCUUGAUCACAUGCUACAGGAGCUACACAGUAAUUCCAACAAGAUUUUUCAGCUUCAGGAUGAGAUAGAAGGAGCUCAGUCACACCUAGGUAUAAAAAUCAAAUUUCAUGAGGACUCCACCUGUACCAGUGUUUCUGACAGAGUGUUUGAGGCCUGUGGAGGCUCUGAGUUUGGGAAUGCCAGUCUUCCAGUGCCAGCUUCCCAGUGUGUACCUAACGUCCACUUUACCUCGAGUGAGAGCGACCAGAGCCAGGACAUGCUUCAUGAGCUCCAGGCCUUGGAGAAUGAGUUUGAUGAGUUGGAUAAAGAGAUUAACUCUCUGAUUGAGGAGAGCUGUUUAUGAUGUUAACUCGAUGACACAAGAGAGCUGCUUAUGAUCUUACAGAGGAGAGCUGUUUAUGAUGUGACAGAAGAAUUAAU